GGAUAAUGGUACCUCAAAUGUGGGAACUAAUACAUUAAAUCAUUUGUCAGAGGAUCAAAUCCGUCUCCUAGAAACAACAUCACGGGAGGCACUUGUUGAAAGGCUACGAAUAUUACAGGAUACUCAAGGGCAUAUAUACAACGCUAUCA